UUUAUCCUCCCCACCUUCUCCCCCUACUACUACUGUUCUAUAGCUUACAAACAAGAUCCAACAUUUCUUUCACGCUAUCAAAAUUAGUUUGAUUUGAAUCCAAAAAACACGCACGAAGAAAAUUAUCAAGCAAAAUUCAUCGAUUCAAUCGCCAAUGGCUACUUCAGAAAUCGAAAUCGUCUCAGAAUCCAACGAGCACAAGAUCUCCUCCAACGGAAACCCUAACGAAGUCCACAUCGUCGACGUCUUCUCCGCCUCCGCGUACGGCGACUUCGACAAGCUCCGGAAGUUCGUCGAGGACGACGGCGCCUCCGUCUCCCUGCCCGACGGCAACGGCUACUACCCCCUCCAGUGGGCGGCCCUCAACAAUUUCGCCGACGUUGUUCACUACAUUAUUGAUCGUGGUGGGGAUGUGAACGCGAAGGAUAAUGCGGGGCAGACGGCUUUGCACUGGACGGCAGUUCGAGGAUCGAUUGCGGCUGCGGAUGUGCUGCUGCAGAAUGGGGCAAGAGUCGAGGCUGCAGAUGUUAAUGGUUACCGGCCGGCUCAUGUUGCUGCUCAAUACGGGCAAACGGCUUUCUUGAAUUACAUCGUAGCUAAAUUUCACGCUGAUUUUGAUGUGCCGGAUAAUGAUGGCAGGAGCCCGUUACACUGGGCUGCUUACAAAGGGUUUUCUGAUACCAUUAGAUUGCUCUUGUUUAGAGAAGCCAGCCAGGGAAGACAGGAUAAAGAAGGUUGCACACCUUUGCAUUGGGCUGCGUUGAGAGGAAACGUGGAGGCAUGCAGUGUGCUUGCACACGCAGGAUCUAAGGAUGAAUUAACGUUAAAGGAUAAAGCAGGAAAAACUCCUAUAGAGCUUGCUUCUGAUAAAGGUCAUCGGCAUAUCGCUCUUUUCCUUGUCCUUUAUUUCUUACUGCUUAUGUUGGAUAGAGUAGCCCAACAUCUCAACGUGAUGGUUCUGAUGAUGGAAUUGAUGACAUUGAGUGAAUUUGAUUUAAUGCAGUCAAAUGCAUUGCGGGCGCAAAGCAAGCGCUGGAACCACAGGAUGUUCUCUGCGCAUGGCAGGGAAGUUGGUUAUGCCCCAAUUCUUUUUUCGUUGGUGGUUAUUAACACAAUUCUCUUCAUCAGCUGUGCCCUUCUUGCCCCUACUCUGGCGAAGGUAACUGCAAUAGUAGGGCUUUGGGGAUGGACUGCUGUCUCUCUAUCAGUUGGCUCUUUAGUCAUGUUUGUCCGGUGCAGUAGUAAGGAUCCAGGUUAUAUAAACACAGUGAAGGGUGACCAUUCUGACACCAAGGAUCCUUUGUUGAACAUUGAUUUGAAUGGCAACUCAGUUUGGGCUGGAAACUGGUCACAGCUUUGCCCUACCUGCAAGAUAAUAAGACCUGUUCGCUCUAAGCAUUGUGCUGUAUGUAAUCGCUGUGUGGAGCAGUUUGACCACCACUGCCCCUGGAUCUCAAAUUGUGUGGGGAAGAGGAAUAAGCGGGAUUUUGUAAUUUUUCUAUGCAUGGGGACUUUGACAGCAUUAACUGGUGGGGCAGUUGCUCUACAAAGAAUUUGGUCAUCAGUACCAGCCUCGUCAACUGGAGAAUCAUGGAUUCACUAUGUGAUUUUUAAUCAUCCCGGUUUAACCGCUUUCCUGAUUAUGGAUGGAGCUAUAUUGAUUGCUUCAGCUACAUUACUGUCCGUACAGGCAACUCAGAUUGCUCGGAAUAUCACAACUAAUGAAGUAGCUAAUGCAAUACGCUACGGAUAUCUACGGGGCCCAGACGGUCGGUUUAGGAACCCGUACAAUCACGGUUGUUGGAAAAACUGUUCGGAUUUCAUCAUAAACGGACACACGGAAGAUGAAGAGUUUGCUUGGCCUACUCUACAGCAAGUUGCUAGGUAGAGUCUGAGUAGAGAUGUUUUGUUUCGUGUGCUUUUGAUGAUGAUACUGAAAGCCUUUGGUCCUUUUUUUUUGGGGAUAUUUGUUUACAUAAAAUAGAUGGCAAGGUAUAUGUUUUUAUGUACUAUUUUGUAUCAUAUUUUUUCCUCCCAUAGAAAAAGCGCUGUUGCGUGUAUAAAUGCAGAAAUAACUAAAAUUCGUGUUUGUGAUUGGGUUCACUCAUAAACAUAUAUAUGUACACACAGGUAUGUAUGAUUUGUCUGCUGUCUGGCGUUGUUGAGGAAGGAGGUUGAUAAAAUAUGGAAAUGAUUGAUUUUUUAUUUCA